AUGUCUUUCAACGAGGGAACCUACUUCAUCACCACCGCCCUCUCCAGCCACAAGGCUGUUGACCUCGACUCGUCUGAGGCCACCGGCCGCAUCAUCGUUUACGAGGGCCAUGACGGCAAGAACCAGCAAUGGCGCGUCUCCAAAAUCACCCACGACGAAUGGAGCAUCCAGAGCGUGGCUACCGACACCUACAUCACAGCCUCAAGUGGUGACGAUGCCGCGGUCCACGGCUCCAAGCUCCUGCCCGAGUGCAACAGCGUCGCUCGCUGGAAGAUUGUCAAGGCCAACAAAGGCGAUAAUUAUCACAUCUACAGCGUGGCGCAUCCCCGCAAGGUCCUCGAUGUGACGGGCAGCAAGCAGGAGAAUUCGACUCCCAUCAUCGCCUACAACUAUCACGGUGGCGCGAACCAGCAAUUUAUCUUCAGCGAGGUGUAA